CAACCUCUAUUAAUAUUCAUGGUAGGAGCUUGUAAAGCUAUUGGAUAUAAAGAGAUUAUGCUUCAAAUACUGUCGACUUUCGGUGGACUGAAGUAAUUGAUACAAACAAUCAGGAAAAGUGACUUUCAGCGUCACUUAGCAAUAAUAUUUCGAACUGGUAUCAUUUAAUAGACCUAACAUUAUAGUCCACUUUUUAUCGCUGGCACAUAAACCAGUUUAUCAAUGCUGGCAUUGUUUUUUGACAAGGAAACAUGAAAAAAUCCUUUCUGUGUCUGUGUUUUGUGACUGUGGCAUAUUUUCGACGGAUUAUGCAGGCAACGUAUUUUCCAAGUUGCAUUUUCCUGGUUAUUAAAACCUCAGCAUAAAACUAACAGUUAAAGGUUACUACGCAUAUUUCCGUGUAAACAUUAUAGAUUUUUUUCGUAUCGGUUGUAUUUUGUGGGGAUUUCAACAGACCCAAGUAAGUAAAUGUUCAGCCAACUAUGGAGCAAUCUGGAAUUGAAGAAUUCAAUCAGAUCCAACAGCACCAGCCGAUACGCUUUGGAAUUGAUCAGAUUCUGAAUAAUACGGAUCAAGUCAGCAUGCUGGCGAACCGGACCAACGAGCAGGAUUACCAGCUGGCUUCCGAUGUGUAUGGCAAUGGCUACAGCGAUGUGUAUAACCCUGUAUGUUCCUCAUACAAUGCAAGCAUGAAGAUUAACUUAAGUAUGCACAUGAAAGUCAAUGUAAAGGCAGGGACCGCAGGCGGGGUGAUCCGCGUCCCGGCCCAUAGACCUGUGCCGCAAACGCCUAGUCCCCCUGUCGCUACCCAUCACACUGGUAUCGCACCUGGGAUAGCGGGCGUGGGAAACGCUGAUUGUUUUGCGUUCCCCUGGAUGGAAAACAGCAGAAGAUUUGCAAAAGACAGACUCACUGCAGCCCUAUCAGCAUUUGCCGUGACCAGACGAAUUGGUCACCCCUACCAGAACCGGACACCCCCGAAAAGGAAGAAACCCCGCACUUCCUUUAGCCGCCUGCAGAUCUGCGAGCUGGAGAAACGCUUCCACAGACAGAAGUACCUGGCAUCGGCUGAGCGCGCCAGCUUCGCCAAGGCUCUGAAGAUGACUGACGCCCAGGUCAAGACCUGGUUCCAGAACAGGAGGACGAAAUGGAGGAGGCAGAGUGCAGAGGAACAGGAGGCAGGAAGACAAAAAGCCAAUCGCCUGAUUAUGCAGCUCCAGCAUGAGGCUUUCCAGAAGAGCCUGGCUCAGCCCAUGCAGCAAGACCCCCCAUGCCUGCACAACACCUCCCUCUAUGCCCUGCAGAAGCUGCAGCCCUGGGGGGAGGACAGCAAGGUGGCCUCUGGGUCUCGAUAAAUGCUCUCUGUCGCUGAUAAAAAAAACAGCCAUGAACACAGUUCUUUGGUACAAAAUCUGCAAAGUUACAGAUAUCAAAGAUUUUAAACUAGUAAUCUGUGUUACCUGUUUGCUUUAUGCUCAAAAGAGUACAAUAAAUACAUUUUUGUACAUAUUUGCAUAGAAUCUCAGCAGACAGAUUGCUGUAAUGUUUAUAUGAGAUUAAUAGCUAAGUACCAAAAAUUUAAGUUCAGUUUUUCAAGGGUCCUGUUCUUCUGCACAGAUUUCAGUCACAAGCAGAACACGAUUCUCUCACCAGAAGAUGGGUGAUAUAAGUGUCACUCAUAUACUGCCUUUAUUCACUUUUCUAACGGCAUCUCUCCAUAUUCUCUCCGCUUGCAUGAAUUUCAAGUUGAAUAUGAACAGGAGUUUUUCACUGUUAUCAAAGUCGUCAAAGCACGCCGCCAUUUAUCAGACACACGAUCUCACGUCACAUGUGAUUAAAACUGGCUUCGAAAGGCUACGUUUUAUACAAUUGUAACACUAUUUGCCUUAUAAGGUGAAGAAAUGAAAAUGAGAACUUCUGGCGCUUGUGGUUUAACCCUAAAGUACUUAAAUUAAACG